AUGCUUCAAGUUCCAGUACGGGAACACACCAACGUGGCCUCCACCAAGGCAAUUAUCCUGGUCGGAGGUCCCUCCAGAGGAACUCGUUUUAGGCCCCUCUCUCUCGAUGUGCCCAAGCCUUUGUUCGAAGUCGCCGGACAUCCCAUCAUCCACCAUGGCCUCAAGGCCCUUGCGAAGAUACCCGAUAUCCGUGAAGUGAUCCUGGUCGGCUACUACGACGAGUCGGUCUUCCGCGACUUCAUCAAAGACUCCGCCAAGGAAUUCCCGCAGUUCCGCAUUCAGUACCUGCGCGAAUACACCUCGCUGGGUACUGCCGGCGGUCUCUACCACUUCCGCGAUGCCAUCCUGAAGGGCAAGCCCGAGCGCAUCUUCGUGCUGAACGCCGACGUCUGCUGCUCCUUCCCGCUGGACGAGAUGCUGAAACUGUUCGAGGAGAAGGACGCCGAGGCCGUGAUUCUGGGAACCCGCGUGAACAACGACGCCGCCACCAACUUCGGUUGCAUUGUCUCCGACUCACACACCAAGCGGGUGCUGCACUACGUCGAGAAGCCUGAGUCGCACAUUUCUAAUCUCAUCAACUGCGGCGUGUACCUGUUCGCGACCGAAUGCAUCUUCCCCUCCAUCCGCAGUGCCAUCAAGCGUCGUACCACCCGCCCCCGUCUCGUCUCCUACCCCUCCUCCGAAAACCUAGAGUCGUCCUUCAUUGCCGCCGAGGACGAAGAGAAGAGCGAGGUCCUGCGUCUGGAGCAGGACAUCCUGUCCGACCUGGCUGACAGCAACCGCUUCUUCGUUCACGAGACCAAGGACUUCUGGCGCCAGAUCAAGACCGCCGGCUCUGCCGUGCCCGCCAACGCCCUCUACCUGCAGAAGGCCUUCCAGGCGCAGUCCGAUGAACUCACCCCUCCCUCCGCCACCAUCGUGCCGCCCGUGUACAUCCACCCCUCCGCCAGCGUCGACCCCACCGCCAAGUUGGGCCCUAACGUCUCCAUUGGACCGCGUGUGGUUGUCGGCGCGGGCGCCCGUGUCAAGGACUCCAUCGUGCUAGAGGACGCCGAGAUCAAGCACGACGCCUGCGUGAUGCACUCCAUCAUCGGGUGGAGCAGCCGAGUGGGCGCCUGGGCACGUGUCGAGGGCACGCCGAUCCCCAAUGGAAGCCACUCGACCAGCAUCGUGAAGCACGGAAUCAAGGUGCAGAGCAUCACCAUUCUCGGCAAGGAGUGUGGUGUCGGCGACGAAGUGCGCGUCCAGAACUGUGUCUGCCUGCCGUAUAAGGAACUCAAACGGGACGUCGCCAACGAGGUUAUCAUGUAG